AUGAUUUUCCGGCGACAGAUCAUGAUACUUAAAAGUACAGGUACAUAUGGUUCAGGGUUAUGGGUAUCAUCUGCUAGCGGCUCAGAGCUGAAAUACAAAUCCGAUAAGCAACGGAACGUCACCGAGCAGAGCAUUCCAAAAUCAAGGAUAUCGGAGGCGGAUGCGAGGGUUGUGGUGAAAAAGGAAGAGAGGGUAACCGAUAAUUCUCAUAAAUUUAGCCGUGGAUGGCCUUUGGUAUUUUUUUGUUUUUGUUUUUUUUCUUUAAUCCCUGAAGUCCUUUGGCCAGCAAGCACCUCCGUGCUUUUUUCCUCUUGCUUUUCUUUCGAAAACCUUCUUUCCCUUCUCACAGCAGUCCCUCUCACUUCACCCGCCCAUCCUCGCCAGUUUCCACCUUCCGCCUCCUUUCCUCUUUCAACCUGGUGGAUUGUUGCAUCUUACGAUCGGUUUGCCUUAAUCUCUGCCUUUUCCCUUACUAACAUCUUACCGAUCACGCGCUUAAUCAACGACGAAGCGAUCAACGGCACAAAAAAAUAA